AUGGAGAUAUUCAUCAAUAGACAAUCAAAUAAAGAAAAUAAUAAUCCAGUUUUAGUACUUACAUAGAAUGAAAUUAUGUAAAAGGAAGGAAUAUUUACAAAAAUCAAUAAUCCUUUCUAUACACAUCAUAGGUUUCAUUAUAGAAAACCUAGACAUUCUAUCAAUUCAUCCUGUUCGAAUAGUUCUUAAUCUAUUCAUUAAGAUAUUGAGAGAAUCGUAUAAUAAUUAUAAUCCUAAUAAAUUUACACAUAGACCUAAAUUAAUUAUAGAUAAUCCCUUAAAGAAAGAUAUCUUACUCAAUAUUCUUAACCCUCUAGUAAUCAAAUUAAUGAGGUAAUUGAUAUGCUUGAAAAAGAAAAUUUACUAAAAAUUCAUCAACUUAAACCAUGCACUCCCAUAAAAACUUAACCUCCUUCAAUUAAUUAUAAUUUACCAUCUCUACUUUAUGAAAAUAAAAGUCAUGAUCAAGAAAAUAGUGAAAAAGUCACUCCUCUUCUAAAAAGUAAGACUUUAUUUAAAAAAACUUUAAAUACUUCUUUUGAAAAUGUUAAAAAAAAAAUCAAUUCAUCUUAAGAAAAUAGGUAAAAAAGAACAAAUUCUUAAACAGUUAAUAAUUCAACUCAUUAAUCAAGACAGAAGUCCUUAAAAAAUAGAAUUAAAUUAGUAGUAAAGAAUCCAAAAAAUAUCUUAUAAUUAUGUCGAAAAGUUGAGGAAAUCUAGAAUUCUAUCAAUGAGGAAUAGUUAAUGUAACUAAUCUAAUCAGAUUAAUUUAAGAUAGAUUUAUAACUUUUGAUUAAAAAUUCCAAAGGUUCUAAUAUGGAAAUCUAAUAAGCACUCUAAAAUUUUAUGAUAGAACAAGUCAAGAAAUCAAAAGAAUUGUAAGAAGUAGAAUAUCUUUUAGAAUGUAUUAGUUUUAACUAUUAAUUAGAAAAAAAAUAAAACUUUAGCCAAAUGCUCAAUAACUAUAUUCAGGAAUUAAAAGAUAGACUAUGA